AUAAUAGCUUGUGGGGUAACCUCAGUCGGUUGCCUCCCUGCUGGGAUGUGACUUGGGGUAUGUCUGAGAGAGACACAGAAGUGGAACUGGAGCUGGAAGAACAUAAGGAAAGUGAAGAAGGUGGAGUAGAUGACCCUGAACUGCAAGCCAUCAGGAUGAGGGUACGCGAAAUGGAGGAAGAAACGGAGCGUUUGAAGGGGCUGUCUGGAAAUGAGAGGACUUUGGUUGCGACUCCAAAAGCUGGUCCACCUCGGCCUCUGAGUGCAGAAGAGAAGAAGGAAGCAGAUCAGCGGUCUGUGUAUGUUGGGAAUGUGGAUUAUGGCGGUACCGCCAAAGAUCUGGAAUCCCACUUCAGUAGUUGCGGCACCAUCAACAGGAUCACCAUCUUGUGUGACAAAUUCUCUGGGCAUCCCAAAGGAUAUGCUUAUGUUGAGUUUGCAGAAAAGAGCUCGGUAGAGGCAGCUCUUGCCAUGGAUGAGACCGUGUUCCGUGGUCGAACGAUCAAGGUACUAGCCAAGAGGACUAAUAUGCCUGGAAUUAGUACCACGGACAGGGGAGGGUUCAGAGGCAGACCUCGGGGACAAAGAGGAAACUUUCAGAGAGGACAGAGACCCAGAGGCCGACCUAACAGAAGUCGUGGAAGGACAGGCCCGUGGAAUAACCCUUACUGACCAACGCAGCACCAAAUCCAAGAGGAUGUUCCAUGUGCAUGGAGUUUAGUAAGCGUGGGAAUCUUCAGUUCCAAGUUUGCAGUAAGGGGGUUUCCAUCUCUGGCCCCAAACGAACGUUCUUACUCCCAUGCAGUAACCAGUAAGACAUCCUGGACUUAAGGCAUCGUCUGUUCACUAUGGUGUAUGAAGCUUGUAAAUAACAAAGCAAUCUAAUGAAAAUCUCUUUGCUAUUACCAUACUUGAUUUUUGUUGUAGCAUAAUAAACGGGUUGUUUGCUUUCCUAAA